CAUAUAGUUUUUUAAGAAAGAGGAAGUGCAAUCCUCACCGCUGAAGAAACCAAAAAUCCCGUUAACGGCUGAGAGCCACCGCAACUUGAACGCCGGCGAAGACGGAGAGAAACUCUCAAACGGACUAAAAAUGUCGCUUGUUGAUUACGCUUCCUCUUCAGACGACGAUGUUCCAGAACCCACUGAAGAAGAACGCAAGAAAGAGGAGGAACCCCAACCACCUCCUCCUCCUCCUCGUUCUCAGACUAAAGCUGGAUCUUCGUCAAACCAGCAACUAGAAGAUAAAACUCACUCAUCUCGAACUUUAGUGGAGAAACUUCCUGAUGCUUCUCUUCUUUUGGAUGCACCCACUGUCUCAUCAGAUCUGAUGAGUGCUAGUGACCACUUCUCUCGAGUUGCUGCAGCUCAAGCUGAAAAUGCUUCACGGAAGAGAGACUCAAAUGGAAUGGCCUCCUCCACUGUUCGUAGUAAACUUCCCAGAGGAAAUUUGCCUCAUUCAAGGAAUGUUCCAGAAACUUCUGGUGGUAUGCUACUUCCACCACAGAUCAGUGGAAGGCAAAACAUUGUUACAGAAGACAUAAGCAAGCUCUUUGUCAAAAAACACCGCUAACAUUUACGUCGUAGAAGUUUGCAUAAUGAAAUCAAUGAUGGGUUAGAAAUGCGCCCGAGGAUGUGACCCUUUACGUGCUUGAAAGUGCUUGCUUUUGUAGAAUGUGUACUCGUUUAACUUUUAAGCUUGUUUAUAUCUAUAGGUUGUACUUUUGUCUAGUUGAUCAUAUUAAGUUAUUGACCUAAGCUCAGUCAAGUAAAAGAAAAUGGAGCACAAAACCUGAUAUGGGUUAUUUGCUUCACGGCAUAUGAAUUGGGUUUUUGUUAUAAUUUAGCAUUCUUGAGUACUAUGGAUGAUAUUUCCAUGCUUUGUUCAAGUUUUAUAAAUAUUCGCCGUUCUGCAAGGUCUUUUCAGAAGGUAAAAGGACCUUGCAUAAAGUAUGUGAACUUAUUUGUCUUUCAA